AAACCCUAAUCGAAAGUAAUAGAAUGUUGAUCCGAUCAUGGGCAACCGUCAAUCCGACAUGGAAUGAAGUUUAUUUUCACUUUUGGGUUGACAUUUCAGCCAGCUUUCUGGUUAACUUGAACUUGCACAGCUGUCAGUUUUGGCCACAGCGUGACUAGGCGAGACGGAUGAAAUGUAUAUUUGUUGCCAACUGUGGCGUAUAACUCACCAGAAUGUCGAUAAAAACAAUUGAAGUAACCAUUUACAGGCCACCAUGCCCGUGGAGAGGAUGCGAAUGCGGCCAUGGUUGGAGGAACAGAUAAACUCUUGCCUAAUUCCUGGGCUGAAAUGGGUUAAUAGAGAGAAGAGGAUCUUCCAGAUUCCAUGGAUGCAUGCUGCAAGACAUGGCUGGGAUUUGGAAAAAGAUGCUCCUUUAUUCAAGAACUGGGCCAUCCAUACAGGAAAAUACCAACUAGGGAUCGACAAACCAGACCCGAAAACAUGGAAGGCCAAUUUCCGCUGUGCAAUGAACUCUCUGCCUGAUAUUGAGGAGGUGAAAGACAAGAGCAUCAAGAAGGGAACCAACGCUUUCAGAGUAUACAAGAUGCUGUCUGCGUCAGAGCGCCAGACCAAGAAAGGAAAGAAAAUGAGUGAACAAGAGGGAAAGAACAAGCAGCAAGUGGAGCCCACAUCCUCAUCCAUGGAGAGCAUGAAUGGGUUUGUUGAAGACCAUGAAGGGCCGGUGGUGAAGGUGGAGGUGAAGGAGGAAGUGAAAGAGGAGUACAUUACAGACUGCACAGAAUAUCUUCAUCUGGGCAGCCGCAGCCCUGGUGACGACCAGCUGAUCAUUGAUGACCUACCAUAUGUGUGUCAGACCAUCGAGGUGACCACGGAGAAUGAGGAGCAGUCGGUCAGCUCCAGCCAAACGUACCCACUCCAGAUCUCCCCUGUGUCCUCGUAUGGAGAGAGUGACACAGACAGUGUGCACAGUGAAGAGGACUGUAAGGAGCAUCUUCAUGGUGGGCUGUGGGGAUCAAGUUUAGCUUCCUCUGUGCUGAGAGUGCCCUCGUGCUCACUACCCAGCAUGGCCACCUUUGUCACUUCUGGAAAGGUAACCACCUUCAAAGUGACCAGCACCAGGGACCCCAUGCCCCUCAUCAGCUACAGCAACAGCCCCUGGAAAAGGGACAUUCCAGCAGCCCAGCACCCUCCCUCAGAGCAGGCUUCCUCCAGCCAGGCCUCUGCUGCAGAGACCCGAGCCAGCGUUAUCAUGAAGACCUCAGACAUCUCUAAGUCCUCUGUCAAGACCUGCUGAAGCCCUGGCAGUGCAGUGACUCAAGAUAUGGGCCAGUCAGUGGCAGGCUUGGCGUGGCAAAGCAUUGAUCACUGCUGGCCUUCUUGUUCGACCAGAGUGCCUACUCAUAGGAAUGACUGGGACAUACAGUACAGUAUAGGUGUACGGGGCUCUGUGAGCUGUAGAAUAUGGAUCGAUGCCCAAACUGAACCUCCCAAGAUCUCAGGGAGGGAAUGAAUCUACAAACUGUGAAAAUAUUUGUUGGGCAUCUCUCCCACUCUUCGUCCACUGUUAAUGGUGGUAGACUGAGUUAAUCCUGAGUGGCGCAGUGGUCUAAGGCACUGCAUCGCAGUGCUAACUGUGCCACUAGAGAUCCUGGUUCGAAUCC